UUUAAUUUUAAUUCACUAUCAUGGGAGUGACAAACAAGAAAGCUAUAGUUCUAGUAGCAACUCUAUACAUUACACUAUCAAUGCAGUGGGAAGAUAGAGAAGAUCAGGGCUCAAUAAACAAAGAAAAAGAAGACUCACACUCCUCGUAUCUAUGGGAGUUCUACCCUCCAAAGUGCCAUCAAUCCAAUAUUAGUGAAUUCCAAAAAAACAUUAGAUUGCUGAGCAAAUUUCCCAAAGUGGAUACUUGAGUACACGAUAGGAUCGCAGGAGAACAGAGGAAGUAUUGGUAUGCCCCAGCGUUUAUCCAAAUUGACCUUGCUCUCUUUUAUUUAACUCCCUUGGCAUCAUCCCCAGUGCUUAUCAUUCUCCUUCCCUUUUUGUACAAUUGUGUGCUUUCACAAAAAUUCUUGAAGAAAGUCAGCGGCCAUUACAACAAUGCAUUUGCUGGAAGCCUCUAUCUUGGCUGGUACACCGUCAUCUUUUAUGUUGCUGGCUUCGCAAUCUUCUUCAUCGUUGGAAGGUUCAAGAUUGAAAUUGUGUGGUGCUUCGACUCACCCCACACAUACAGAGAGUUUCCUACUUCAAUGCAGACAGAGAUUGACAUUCCGCUGGUUGAAGGAGGAGACUUACAGUACGCAUUAGCUACAUCAAAUGGAUUCCAAAAUUCAGAAAAAUCUUCUGAGGAUGUGAAGUACAUGAGCGAUGUGUAUGAGUGCACUACAAAGCGCAUCGAUGACUUUGCCAGACUGACUUGCAAACUCGAGGAUAUUGCCCCAUUUGCCAAUGAAGUAGAAGAAAGCUUGUACUUCACCUUCAACAGUACCCAAAUCAGAAGCAAUGAGCUAGGUGAAGUCAGGAUCAAAAUGCUCAAUGAUUACGGCUUUGAUGGGCUCGAAGACCCCGCUAGAAGACAGAGAAUGGUCUACUACGAAAGAUACGAGAUCCUGAAGAAGGGAGUCGGAGUGCCCAUGGACAUGGCUUCACUGAUGAAAGUCAAGUUGAUUCCGACUCAGUACCAGAACAACAUCAGAGACUUCCACUACAUGGAGAACAAGCAGCAUUUGAUAUCUUUGCAUCCAAACCCGCUGAUGGACGAUGAGCCUGAAGAGCUGCAUUUCGAGAUUGGCUUUGAUCUGGAUAGAAGAGCAAUGAGAUAUGAAUCCAGAAGUCUAUUGAUCACGAUAACACAGGCAAUGAGCUUUUUCAUUGGAAUCGUCUUCUUCGGCUUACUCUAUAUUGAUCUUAUAAAGAGGUGGAGACUCGGAGUUUGGUAAUUGAUAAUCGGAUAUUCAGGCGUUCAACUGGUGUAA